AUACGGGUUGCUGCCAGCGUCCUAGGUAUCAACCAAGUACCUUCUUAAGAUGUACCAUGUUCCAAAUAGUGCAGUUUUUUGCAGUUCCACUGGUGUUAUUGCAGGAAACUGCAAUUUGUUGAUGUAUCUUAUAAAAUUCUUGUACGUGGUACCAAGUGCCCCAGUGACAAUGGGUAUCACUGUUACAUGUUUCAUCCAUAGUCGUGUAGUUUAGAUGGCCAGGUCGUGAUAUUUCAUGAUUUUUUCCAGUUCUUUUUCUUCAACUCUGGCAUCUCCUGGUACCGUAAUGUCAAUAAAUUGUACAUUUCAGUUUUCAACAACAAUGAUAUCUGGCGUGUUGUGUCCCAAAUAUCUGUUUUCGGAAGUCCCACAAGAUCUUCACCUUCUCAUUUUUUAUAACUUUUUCCACUUUAUGUUCUCAUGACUUUUUGGUUACAGUGCCUACUCCACCUUCUGACCUCUGACGGGACCAUGGCUAGUUGUAUUGAAAACCAGAACAAUACAUCUACCAAGCCUCUGUCAGGCGCAUCGAUAGGCAUAGGGGUGCUCUCGCUUGCCUUCAUCUUGGGCUUCCCUGGCAACGCCUUCGUAGUGUGGACGGCCAUCUGCUGGGUUCGCAAGCGGACGGUCACCUGUCUCCUCAUUCUUCAUUUAGCCAUCGCUGACCUGGCAGUGCUCCUCACAGCCCCUCUCUUCCUGCGAUUCCUCAGUGCCAAGAAAUGGGAAAUGGGUCAGGCCGUCUGCCAAAUCUGCUACUACAUCUGCGGGGUCAGCAUGUAUGCUAGCGUUUACCUCAUUGCUCUCAUGAGCCUUGACCGCUGCCUGGCUGUUUCCAAACCUUUCGUCUCACAGAAAAUCCGUACCAGGCGCACCAUCCGGCUUUUGGUGUUCGUGAUUUGGGUGAUGAGUCUUUUCUUAGCGGCGCCUUCCCUCCUCUACCGGAAAGUGGUUACUCAUAACAGCACAGCGUACUGCAUAUUGUGCCACCAAGAAGGCAAAGAGUUGGUCUUCCAGAACCUCUUUGAAACCAUCACCGGGUUCCUGCUGCCUUUUGCCAUUGUCGUCUACAGCUACGGGAUGAUUAGCCAACGACUCAAGGAGACCCGUUUCCGUCAGAAACGCCGGACCAGCCGACUCAUUAGCCUCAUUGUGAUCGCCUUUGCUCUUUUCUGGCUUCCUUACCAUAUUGUCAACCUUUUAGAUGUGAUUGGUCUGUGGAGCGGCUCGUUAAAGGUUAAAAAAGCAGGGCGUAUGGCUAGGCCCAUUUUGGUGGCUCUUGCCUUCUUCAGCAGCAGUGUCAACCCCAUCCUUUACACGUUCAGUGGAGGCUCCUUAAUCCGAUCAUCUGGUAUUGGUUUCAUGGCCAAACUCUUUGAAGGAACAGCCUCGGAGAUGUCAAGCGUAAAACACGGGACCGUCCGGGACCGAGAUGUCAAGACAGAACCCUCAAACAAUGGGAAACACGAGUUGUUAACUAUGUCUACUAACCCUACAGAUAGUAGCUCAGCUCAAGAAGCUGGAAAAGGUUCCAAGUUGCUCUCUUCAACUUGAAACUAUGGACAAGGGUGGACAUUCAGAAUUUUGUUAUCUGUUUGUUUUUUUUAAGGUCUGUAGAAAUGUUGUCUCUUGCUUUUCUCUAUAUCUUCUUCUUUUGUACGAGGUAGGCAGUUUCAUUUCUUACUCAUUUUAUUCUGCAACACAGCUUGUAUUUGUUGGCAAGGAAUUUCAGGGACUAAAUAUAUUUUUUUUAAAAAAACAAACAAACCUGUCAUCAUAUUAUAAUAUUAUGUUUAGGAAGGAUUCCUAACGAUUGUUGCAAGAAUGGUGGAAACCUCUCUGAACAGCUGAAAAGAUGGAUCAACAACUUUGUGUUCAUUAAGUUUUAAUCUUUAGAAACCAUGAAACUUGCACACAAUCUGUCCCCACCCUAAUUCUACAACUAAAAUCAGAGCAUGGUUGUCCAAUUUCACUUUUAGACAAACACAAACCCUUGUUUCCUUCUUUUUCCACUUUCAAAUAAAUUGAAACAACUUUUGUGGAACACUUCCCUCCCUGUUUUUUAUGCAUUAGUUUGCAAUUGUCUUGAGAGAAGAAAAAUGCAAUUAAUGCUUUUUUUAAGGUUGAUAUUCCCUCUUGAGAUCUUCCCUCUUUUCAUCUUCCAUUUAACUACUUUUAAUAUUUUUAUUAGUAUUAUUGAAGUGUUUUGUUGUACAUCAUCUUUCUAUGCUCUCUCUCUCUCUCUCAUCUAUCUAUAAUCAAUCUAUCUAUCUAUCUAUCUAUCUAUCUAUCUAUCUAUCUAUCUAUCAUCUAUCUAUCUUCUAUCCAUUCAUCCAUCCAUCCAUCUCUCUCUCUAUUAUCUAUCAUCUAUAAGCCAUCUAUCAUCUAUCUAUCUAUCUAUCUAUCUAUCUAUCUAUCUAUCUAUCUAUCUAUCUAUCCAUCCAUCCAUCCAUCCAUCUCUAUCUAUCUAUCUAUCUAUCUAUCUAUCUAUCUAUCUAUCUAUCUAUCUAUCUAUCUAUCUAUCUAUCUAUCUCUAUCUCCAGAGAAAGAGGGGUCAUAAAAAACUUAAGUCCUGACUUCCGGUUGGCUCCGCUUCAUUGAUGGCAGUCUUUUUUAGACUGCUUACCCUGUGAGUCCGUAGAGCCGCCAGGACAGCACAGGACAGUACCUGGAAGCUCCAACUGGUCCAGAAUGCGGCUGCACAGGUGAUAGAGGGAGCACCUCGUGGCUCCCAUGUGACACCCCUCCUGCGUAGUCUGCACUGGCUUCCGGUGGUCUUCCGGGUCCAAUUCAAGAUGCUGGUUACCACCUUUAAAGCGCUCCAUGGCUUAGAACCGGGUUACCUACGGGACCGCCUACUGCCACCAGUAACCUCCCACCGACCUGUGCGCUCCCACAGAGAGGGCCUCCUCCGGGUACCGUCGGCCAAACAAUGUCGGCUGGUGACCCCCAGGGGGAGGGCCUUCUCUGUGGGGGCUCCUGCACUCUGGAAUGAGCUACCUCCAGGGCUUCAGCAACUCCCCGACCUCCGGACCUUUCGCUGCGAGCUGAAGACGCUCUUGUUCCAGCGUGCAGGGCUAGCUUAAACAUAGUUUUUAAUUGGGGUUUUUAAAUUGGGGUUUUUAAAUUGGGGUUUUUAAAUUGGGGUUUUUAAAUUGGGGUUUUUAAAUUGGGGUUUUUAAAUUGGGGUUUUUAAUUGUAUUCCAAUUUUUAGGCCAUACAUUGAAUUAGUUUUUAUACUGUUUUUAAACUGGUGUUAUAUGUAUCUUUGUAUUUCAUUGGCUGUGAACCGCCCUGAGUCCUUCGGGAGAAGGGCGGUAUACAAAUUUAAUAAAUAAAUAAAAUAAAUAAAAUAAAUCAGCUGUCUGGCGGCUUGAAAAUCUCCCCCUCAGGCGAAGAGGGAGAGAUGAGCAUUCGGGCUGAAGUUGAGUCCCCUGGAGAAGCCCCAGAAAAGUUUCUGGAGGCUCGAGUGGAGUGCUCCUUCUAAAGCCUGAAAGAAGCUCCGGACCUGGAGGGCAUCUGCCUUUUGGCAGAAAAAAACGUAGCGUCCAAUCUCUGCAGCAGAAACGGAUUUGUGAUGGAUUGUAAUGCGGACAGAGCAGAAACUGGAGUUCUAGCAUUUGUUUGCAAGAAGCCUGCAAGCCCCUAAUAGAAGAUACAUUUGUUGCGAAGAUAGGAAAGAAGAAAGCAAAUGGCGUGUUGUGGAAUGCAAGCAAAUGGUGAUUUGUGCAUUGGAAAUGAAAGUUAAGGAAAUGCUUAUUAACAGCCAGUGUGGAACCAGGAGAUAUACAAGAAAAUACUGACUAUAUGGAAGAAAUGAGAAUUUUAUGAUUUAUAUUCUUUUUCUUCUUUGGGACUAUAGUGAUUUAGAAGAAAAGUUUUUUGAAUCUUUCCUUUUUAACCCCUUUUUGUCCCCUGUUACUGGGUAGGUUAUAUAUUUUAAAAAUGGCUCUUAAGCAAAUAGUACCAAAAGCCACUAAAAACUUUGAAAUUUCUUUUUUUUUUUAUUACUUUUUUUGCAACAAACAAACAAAAAGAAAAUACAUUAUUACACCCUUGUGCUAUACAUAAAAAAAAAAAGGAAGAUUUGGGUCUUCGGAUAUAUCCUCACGAUCGCCAAAAUCCACAUUCUCGAGGUACAGGUACCGAAGCGUCCAAUGUUGCAAGCGCAAAGUCCACAAAUUCUGAAAUGUGGAAAUUAGCUUUAAAUGAUAAAAUGACAUGUGAUAUUAAAAUUAAAAGUGGUGUGUAUAAAGAAGAUAUUUUCUGGAAGACUUGGAAACUUUGAAAUUUCUUCAGUUCAGAUACGAAAAUUAAAAGAAGAUAUUAAAGAGGAAUUAAGGAAUUUUUUACAGGAGUUUUUGGAGACUCAUCUUUCAGAAAUAGAUCAAAAAUUUGAUGAAAUAGAGAAAGAGAUGUUGGAUUUUAAAGAAGUGGUGGAAGAGCAGAAGAGAGAAAUGAAAAUGGUAAAGGAUGCAAUUUCGCAAAUAUUAAGGUCUUGUAUCCAGAUGGAGGAUAGUUUGGAAGAACUUAAUAAAGUUAAUUUAGAGCUGCAAAGGAAAAUAGAGGAAAUUCAAAAGAAUCAAAAUAACUGAUGAAGACUAUUGCUUGACAUAGUGUAAGCCGCCCUGAGUCUUCGGAGAAGGGCGGGAUAUAAAUGCAAAUUAAAAAAAACCAAAAAAACCACAACCCCCCAAACCCCCCCUGCAACUUAGAUAAUAAGGUAGAAGAUAUACAGGCUAAGGUAGAUAGGGCAGAUGAAGAAAGAGUAAUAUUACAAUAUAGAUUAAUGGAAUAUGCCAUAAGGGUGAGGGGGUUGAAGGAAGGUAGGAAGGAAAAUUUAAAAGAGAUUUUUACGCAAGCUUUUGCUCAGAUAAAGGGUGUGGAGCCAGAAGACUUUGAGAUUAAUAUUGAAAGAAUUUAUUGUGUUAACUCUUGGUGGGCAAGACAAAAUAGAUUACCGAGGGAUGUGGUUAUUUAUUUUACAACUAAAAAGGUUAGGUAUGAAAUCUUGCAAGCCUUUUAUAAAAAUAAAUUUCAAAUAUAAAAAUGAUGAAGGAAAUUCCUCCUAAAAUGUUAAGAAAGAGAAGAGAAUUUGCUUUUUUAGUGGAUGAGUUUAAGAAACAUCAGAUAUAUUUUAGAUGGGAAGUCCCAAUGGGUUUGUCAGUGAAUUUUAGAGGCAGAAAGUAUUUUCUUAAUUCAGUUAUGAAAGCGAGACAUUUUUAUAUUAAUGUUUUAAAGAAUGGGAAUCCUUUGUUGUUAGAUGCUAAGUUAACUGGUUUGGAGAUGAUGGAAAAUAGAAUAGGAGAGGGGAGGAAUGUUUAAGAUGUGAAUAUGAUGAUUAUGGUUAAUUUCUAGAAUUGACUUGUUUAGGAUAUAAAUUAUAGGAUUUUUGUUAUUUGUAAGGUAUAAUCCUAUGGGAUGAUACUAUUUAAUUUUGAAGGAUGGAAAGUAAAAUUUAUGAAUUUAGAUAAUGUUGUGGAUGUAAUGAUGUUAAUUGUUUACUGUUAUAUUUUAGAUGUAAGUUAAAUGAUUAUUCGUUUUAAUUGAUAUGUUUUGGAUAUAAGUUUAUAGAUAGCAAAAGUUAUGAAGUUAAGUUGGAAAUAUCGUAUCUGAGUGACUUUAUUCGUAAUGAUAUUUGAUUGAUGGAGUAAUAUUGGAAGAUUGGACAGUAAACGUUAAGACAAUUGAAGAAAUAUAUAAGUGAUGAAAAUUUGAGCUCGAGAAGAUGGACCAUAAUUUAAGAAAUGGACUUAUGAAAAUUGAAGAAAUAUACAAGUGGAGAAAAUUUGAGAAAAUAGACUAAUCUUAAAAAUGGACUGUAAGAAGAAGUAAUAUAUGAAGGGAAGAUUGUAUUUGUAUUGUUCUUUUUUUUCUCUUUCUUAUCUCUUUAUUUUUACUGUAAGGGGAUUUAAAGUUUUAGAGAGGGGUGGGAGUUUAUGUAUAUUUUGUGUAUUUUAGCUUGUGAUUGUUGGUUAUAAUACCUGGUAUUUGCU